AUGUCAGGUGGGGUUGGUCCAUCAAUCGACAUAGGUCUCCCUAAAGAAAGAAUUCAUGAACCAGACAUCAAAAAGACCACCACCUUAAAGCCCACUAAAAAUCCUCAAACUCGCCGAGGUUUCUUGACUUUCCGACAGCUUAAUGCACUCGCAGUAAUCAUCGUACUCUCUGCAAGUGGCAUGGUAAGCAUUGAGGACUUUGCUUUUGUAAUCUUCUCAACAAUCUACAUGUAUUUCAUAUCAAAAACUACAUUCCCGGCCACAUCCCACCUUCCCGAUCCUCCAGUAUUCGGAGAAACUAAGAAAAUCCUUAGUAUUUACAUGUUUUUCGCGGCCGUGAUCGGAUUAUUCCUUCCCAUAGCAUAUAUUUUUGAGGGUAUACUUGAAGGAGACAAAGAGGGGAUCAAAGCAGUAGCACCCCAUGUAUUUCUUGUAUCUAGUCAAGUUUUCAUGGAAGGGAUCUUCUUUUCAGGAAACUUUUCGUUACCUAUUUGUGUUUUCGUCGCGGUUUUUUACAAUUCGAGAAGGAUUUUCACCAUUGUUGAAUGGUUGAGUGAAAUUUCUAAGGUGGAAGCUGAAUAUGGUGGAAGCAGUAGAAGAUUGUACGUUGGGAGAGCACUUGCCAUUGCAAAUAUGGCCUUUUGGUGUUUCAAUCUGUUCGGAUUUUUGUUGCCUGUCUUUCUCCCCAAGGCUUUCAAGAUAUAUUACUCUAAAAAGGACAAGGACUGA